CUUGAAAUCGCUGAUGUGUUUAUGAGAGAUAAAGAAGCAUUAAAAGCUUUAAUUAAAUGUAAAAAUAUAUCAACUUUGCAUUUUGAGAAUUCAUUUAUUUCACCCGAGAAUUUUCAAUGGAUUGUACUUGCGGAAUUACCAAGAUUACAAAGUUUGAAAUUUACGAGAAAUUGGACAGAGGAAACCAAUGAAAAUCCGAUGGCAAAAAUAUUCCUUGAUAAAAGGAAAUCAUUUGGUUUAAAAGAACUUUUCCUCAACAAUUCUAAGAUAGAAAAUUUCGGACUGUUAGGUCUCGUUAGUUCCAAUUGUCGGAACCUUGUCAGCCUUUCCGUGCUCGUAAAAUCAAAUGAAGAUAUCUCGAACAUUUCCUCAUUUUUAAAAGAUACGUCAACCCUGGAAAAACUUGAGUUAUCAACGUCCGGUCCGCAUACAUAUGAUUUUAACACGGAAACUAUAAUUGAAAUGGCAAAGAUUUUGCCCAAACAAAUAUACCAUGUUAACCUUUUAAAGGUUAUAGAUAGUUUGGUGGAGUGCGAAAAAUUUUUGGAACAUUGUUCGGCAGAUCUCAACCAUUUUUACGUCGAAUUUUCACAAUAUUAUUUUUUUAAAGUAGAUAGACAUAUAGAAUUUGUGAAAAAUUGGUCGACGAAAAAUGGAAAGGAGAUCAAAAUUUUAAACAUUACAUGGUAUAACAUUAAUAUAGAAUGGUGGAGGAGAUAA